AUGAGUCGAAUCUCUACUCAGCCAUUGAUAGACAAGAAUAUGGGUCUAUCUUCUUCUUCACAUGGCUCGACCCCUGGGAACCGAAUUUUUUCUUCAAGCAACCAGAGCUUAUCGAAGAGGAAGCUGGGCUGGUUACCGGUGACAAAACACAGAGAAGACGACCAGGACGAAUCAGAACGAGAAAGGCCAAACCCAAGGUACUCCAAGGGGAGUAAGGAAGACUGUGAAGACGAGGAAGGCAGAUGGGUUAGUUGCGACAGUUCAGAGGAGAUGUCAGACUCAGAUGUUGAAGCUGAACUUCAGUCGGAAGAUCAUCAAGGAGAGUUGGAAGAUGCCCUGAAUACUGAUAUCCUUUUCUCAGAGCACGUCGUAGAGGAUCCUUUCUUGCAUAAAUCCUCCACUAGGUGCGGAGGGCUGAACGUUGUCGAGCAUGCCUUAGAAGAUGAGGGGGAAAAUCUAACACCAAGUAAGGGAGAAUCAAACCAGGAGAGUAACUUAAGACAAGGGACCUGCAAGAGGACUUCGGCUGCUCAUCAUAAUUCGAGCAGAGACGGCACAGACGGGGAUGAACGACAGAGCCUUGGAGGUACGAACAAGGGUGAAGUCAGCCUAGGUGCCGACCAGAUAAGCCCUACACGAAGAGUGAAUGGACUUACCCAGUUUGAUGUCUCUUCUCCUUCUUCUUCAGUCCCAGAUCCCAGCCGUGCCCCUUUGCUGAAUACCCAAGGUCCAGAGGCUGAUACUGAGGAGGUUGGGGAGUUACAGGAGGGGGGUGAGAAGGUGGGGAGGGUGGGGAGAGCAGAUCCAAAUGAAUUAACCAAAGGGGAAACUAAGGAGGACAAUGAUAAGAUGGAGGAGGAGGAGGGGAAUAGGAGGAGUGAGGAAUCUAAACUUAUGACUUUUGACAAAAGGUGGGCUAGAAGUGUGUGGAGAGUGAAUGGACUGAGGUGGGUUAUGUGCCCCUCCUGGGGCUCAUCUGGAGGGUUAAUUACUUUGUGGAAGGAUCAAGUAGUGGAGGGAGUGGAAGAAUUAGUGGGAAGGUUCUCAAUUUCUGUCAAAUUUAGGCAGGUGUUAGAUGGAUUUGAGUGGGUCCUUACCAAUGUAUAUGGUCCAAAUGAUUACAAACAAAGGAAGGAGAAUUGGGAGCAACUGGGAGAUAUUAGAGGUCUGUGGGAGGGGCCAUGGUGUGUGGGAGGGGAUUUCAAUGUGAUAAGGUUCAAGGAAGAGAGCAACAAGGUGAGACAAAGGAGCACUACCAGUAUGAGGAAGUUCAAUGAGUUCAUUAAUGCUUUUGAGUUAAAGGAAUUGAACAUUUCUCAUAAUAGCUUCACUUGGUCUAAUCUCCAAGCUGAACCCUUCUGCUCCAAAUUAGAUAGAUUCUUGUUCACCACAGACUGCGAGGAGCAUUGGGGAGAUCUGGUGUCAAGGGCUCUACCCAGAGUUACUUCUGAUCAUUGGCCAAUAAUGAUUGGUAAGUCUAAUAUUGGUGGUAGUGGGCCCUCUCCCUUCAGGUUUGAAAAUAUGUGGCUACUUCACCUGGAAUUCAAAGACAAAGUGAAAACUUGGUGGAAUGAAAGUAACCCGAAAGUCAAUUGGGAAGGGAUGAAAUUCCAUUGGAAGCUGAAAGAGCUCAAGGUCAAAAUUAAGGAAUGGAAUUCUCUCCACUUUGGUAGGCUAGAAGAGAAGAAGCAGCAAUUGAUAAGUAAAAUAGAGGAGUUAGAUGCUAAGGAAGAAAGAGGAUGUUUUGGGGACCGAGAUAAAGAAAUGAGGUGGAAGUUAAAGAAGAGCCUGGAGGAGAUAAUCUUCAAAGAAGAAGCAACUUGGAGACAAAAAUCUAGACACAAAUGGGUGAAGGAAGGAGAUAGGAAUACAAAAGUAUUCCAUGCAAGAGCCAAUGGCAGAAGAAAGAAGAGAACCAUAUCUAAGCUGGUUGUUGAUGGAACAGUUUUAACACAACAGCAAGAGAUUGUCGGGGCUUUUGUGGAACACUUUAAAUCCAUCUUUAGAAAGCCUUUGCAGAAGAGAUAA